AUGAACAACCAUUCGUCGGUCAGCGAUACCUUAUCACCGGACGAUCAAUAUAAUCUGAUUUCAUGGCGCUACCACCGACUACUGGACUAUUGCGGAGCGUUUGCGCUGAGAAACGGGACAUCACCUGCCGGAGCGCUACUACUCGAGGAUGUACCGAUUGAGCUGCUGGAGGCGCUGCACGACCUCAGCCGUCAGCCGCAAAUAGAGCCAAUAAACAACACAGAUGCCGACUUCUUCGCCGCCUAUAACGAUACCAAGGCCCCGACCGCCGUGUUACCCGCAUUGCCGCGGCCGCCCUGCUUGUUUCAAACGCCAGCCGCGCAAGGCGCGAAUCUUAACUAUUGUGGAGCAUUCGCGUGGAUGAAUGGAACUCAGCCGAUCGGAUCUCUGCUAUACGAGGAUGCACCGAUUGAACUGUUGGACAUGCUGCACGACCUCAGCCGCCAGCCCCGACCACAACCAACACCGAAAAAGAACGAUCGGCAGCCGGCUAUCGAUAUG